CCCUGGAUCUUCAUCGCUAUAAGAGGUCAGAGCUGGACUCAAAGGUCCCAUCUUCGUCAGGAGAACUCUAACGGUUUCCUCUCUGGUAUCAUCUCAUCUCCAUAUCCACACACCAUGUCUUUCUCAGUCCGUACAUCAUCCUGCCUCAGUCCCAAGAGCAUGGCUUCUAAGUCCAUAGUCACUCCGAUUCGCUGUGGAACAAUUACUCCUUGCGGACCCAAAGCCUACAGUGUCUAUGGCUGUGGUUUUGGAGGAAGCACCCGCAUCUCUUCCUCCUGUUAUCGCAGAGUUGGUUGCUAUCCAAAUCUGCAGUGGAAAAUCGGUGGAGAUGUAUGUUAUGGCAAACCGAACAGUAUCAUGCUCGGGAACUGCGACAACAUCCAGCUGAAUGAGAAGUGCACCAUGCAGAACCUGAACGACCGUCUGGCAUCCUACUUGGAGAAGGUGCGUUCGCUGGAGGCUGCCAAUGCCAGUUUGGAGAGGCAGAUCCGCGAGUACUAUGAGAAGAAAGGGCCGAUCUGCCAGAAGGACUACAGCCCCUACUGGAACAUCAUCAAUUGCCUAAAGGAAAAGAUUGAAGCUGCUACCGCCAACAAUGCCAACAUCCUCCUGCAGAUCGACAACUCUAAACUGGCUGCUGAUGACUUCAAGAUAAAAUAUGAGCAUGAGUUAGCAGUGCGACAGUGUGUGGAGGCCGACAUUGCUAACCUGCGGCGCUUGCUGGACCAGAUGACCCUGACAAAGGCCGACCUGGAGAUGAAGAUCGAGAGUCUGCAGGAAGAUCUAGCAUGUUUGAAGAAGAACCACCAGGAGGAUGUGGCAGCACUACUGUGUCAGCUGACAGACACAAAAGUGUGUGUGGAAGUGGAUGCUGCUCCUCAGCAAGACCUGAACAAGGUUUUGGAAGAAAUCCGUUGUCAUUACGAGACCAUCAUAGACAAACACCGCAGAGAACAGGAGUGCUGGUUCAAAGAGAAGACGGCGCAACUGUGCAUAGAUGUGGCCAGCAAUACAGAGUGCCUAGAAACCUCUAGGUCACAGAUCUCAGAUUUGCGGCGUACCUUGCAGUGCCUGGAGAUCGAGCUACAGUCUCAAAUCAGCAUGAAAAGAGCACUGGAAUGCUCUCUGUUGGAAACAGAGGCUAGGUACAGCACUAUACUAGCAGGUUUCCAGAAACAAAUCAACGCAUAUGAGGCAGAGCUUUGUCAGGUGCGCAGUGGCAUUGAGCAGCAGGGCAGAGACUAUGCUGCACUCCUGGACAUCAAGAGCCGUCUGGAGCAGGAGAUCGCCACCUACAGGUGUCUCCUGGAAAAUCAGGACAUUAAGACUCAAGAACAGGGUGGGGUAUUUGUGUGCAAGACAACAGCUGACACAAUGUUCAAAUGUACACAAGUUAUAUGAACAAUGUUAAAUGUAAACAAAGAAUCUAAUGGAG